AUGGCUGUGGACGGACAACGCUUCAUGACCAAGACACAACACUAUCGUAAGGUCACCAAACCACUGCUGGAGCGGAAGCGACGCGCGCGCAUGAAUCUCUACUUGGACGAACUGAAGGAUCUCAUUGUGGACACAAUGGAAGCGCAAGGCGAACACAUCGCCAAACUGGAGAAGGCCGACAUUCUCGAGUUGACCGUCAACUAUUUGCGUACACAUAAACACGAAAUCGCCGCAAGCGUUGCACAGCAUCAUGCCGCCAGCGGUCCAGCUGAACGUGGCAUAAAUGUGGAGAAAUUCCGCGCUGGCUAUACGCAAGCCGCCUACGAAGUGUCGCGCGUGUUCGCCACAGUACCGGGUCUGAAUGCGAAAUUCGGCACAAAACUCAUGAAACAUUUGGGUUAUCAGCUGAAGGAUUUGCAACAGCCAGCGCCAGUAGCCAACGCGGCCGCUAGUGAGGAGGCGCUCAAUUUGGAGGUGGUCAAACGCGCGGCAUCGGCAUCACCCACCGCUUCUUCGCAUGCUGAUGAACAUAUGAGGCGCGCUUACCAACAACAACAACACCAACUACAAAUGUGCGAUAAUUUGCAGCGCUUGAGGGACUUGCAUGCAGACGAGCAACACGGGGAAUGUUUGUGGCGCCCUUGGUAGUACUGCCUGCAACAAUGCGCAACCUGCAACAUGCGUUGCUGCCGCAAAUUUUCAAAGAGCUUUCGUUUUUUCACACUCACCAGCCAGUGGCUUUAAUAGUUUUAAGUGUUUGUAGUGAGUUAAGUAAUAUGAAAUAAUGUUUGAAUAUUAUAUAUAUACAUAUAUAUAUAUAUAUGAAUGUGUGUAUGUGCGCACAUAUGUGUUGCAUUAGUUUAAUCAAUAUCAGCUUUAUUGUUUUAAGUACAAAUUGUCAGCCUUUUAUAGUUGUAUUAAUGUGAUUUGCCUGUGAUAGCCGCCAACUCCACUCAGUUAGCGAUUGGUCUGUUCGUAAACCGAUCUCCAGA